CGAGCAGCGUUUCAUGACUUCUACGUCACAUUGUAUCAGCUGGACUUUGGACCUUUUUGUCGUCAUCUUUUAUUUUGCAGAGCAUAUAAAAGGAGGUUUCUAGAAGUGAAGUUCAGAAUAAUUUCAAAUAUUUUACGAUUCUGUCGACAGCCAUAAGUGUAUGUACAGGAGAAGCAUAAUGGAAGAAGAACAGCAGCAACAACAGGAGCAGUUUGUCACCCGCUUGGCCAGUCUACCAGUGGUCAGCAGCGCGGUCACCCAGGCAUGCAAUAUGUAUCAGAAGACCAAGGAAAGCAACCAGGUGUUUCGCACUUCACUGAAUCUAGCCGAAUCCAGCAUCAAAAGCGUUGCAGAGACCUCCAAGCCUUAUCUGGAGAAAUACCAGCCUCAAUUGGAAACUAUGAACAAGAUAGCUUGCAGUCAGUUGGAGAAGCUAGAGGAGAAAUGCCCUGCAAUUACUAAGCCCACUGAUGAGCUGGUGAAUGAUGGGAAGGAGGCUUGUCAAGCGGUCCUAAAGCCGGCCGUGGACUGCGUGAAUGCAGUGAAGCAGUACGGUUCCGACAAGUACAACCAGGGAAAGGAACAGGUGGAAAAAGUUGUGCAGAUGGGAACAAACACUGUUAAAUCCGUGAAAGACAUGGGAAUGACUGUGGUCUCAAAGUCCAUGGAAACGACUUACGGACAGAUUGUGGCUGGCAAAAUGAACGACGCCCUGACCCUGUCUGAGGACUACAUCAACAAAUACUUGCCCGCAGAGGAAGAGGAGGAGAAAGAGAAUGAGGAUGAAAAAGAGGAGGUAGAAAUGGACGAGUUCCCCCAGGACCCAGUGACCAGAGCCCAGGCCCUCACCACCAAGGUCAGACGCAGGAUGUACAAGCGCGCCAUCAGGGAGUUCAAGGGGAUUCAGAUGCGCAGCCAGGAAAACCUACAGAAGCUCAACUUCACUGUUGAUUUGAUUCAGUAUGCCAAGACAAAUAUGGACUCAGCUAAAGAGAAAUUAGGAGAAACUGUGGAUGCUGCUCAGAACAAGAUCUCCAGUACUUGGAAAGAGAUCCAGGCGGAGAACCCCGACCUUCCCGAUACUGUAGAAGGCAGAACCAUCGCAGUGGCUCGACAUGUAAGCCAGCAGUUACAACAGAGUGUGGCAAGAGUAACCUCCAUUUUACCAGGAUCUCUUCAGCCUGCAGCUGUACAGGAAAGACUUCAGGAGGCCAAGAAUUUCACAGAGGACCUGUACAAAUCAUUUCAAAAAGUUGAAAGAUAUGAGGACGUCCCUGCCUGGAUUCUGACCCAGACCAAGGAGAGGCUGACCUACUUACAGGACACCCUCAGUUUCCUGACGGACAAGCUACUGACAGGACCCCUCAACUGGAUGUCUCCGGACCUGGAGGAGCUGAGCCUGGAAGAGCCAGAGUAUCAUCCCGAGUGUAACGGUCACGUGCCCAACCUGACGACGGACGAGGCCGGACGAUUCGUCAUGAACUGACGGCCAUUCUACUGAAAAUAUCUGUAGAAAUCCAAGAGACUCGCAUAGCUUUUAUUUAGUUCUGUCAGUGAUAUUUCCAAAGAGACACUUUUGUUUAUUUGCAUAAUUAUUCUAUUGUUUUAUCUUUUUGUUUGUCUUUCUCUUAAUGUUUGUGAUCGGUAGCUUUAUGGCUUUGACGAAGUCAUUUUAUCCAUACGCAAAAAAUCGUCGGUGCUUUUUAAAGACGCAAUGUAAUUCAUCUGAACAAGGCUUUGAGUUUAUAUGAUAAAAAUGAAAGUUGUUGUGUAGUACACGUAUUGUAGUUGUAAUGUGGUGUUAUAUUCGUUCAAUACCAGUACAUGUAUACUAGUAUACAUCUCCUUAUAUAGGUUAAUUUCGUCAUUUUCGAAAGCCAGUGGAUUUUAUAAUCAAGAGCAGAAAAUAUGUAUUUUUUCUGCUAUGGCUUGUAGAUGCAACUUAGUAUAUGUAAGAUAUGUUGAAUACCGGUAAACGUUGGAAUUCCAAGAAAAAUAGACAUUGUCCCAGUUUGAAGGUGCUUUACAGUGUAUUUAGCCAUAUUCUUUAUCAAACGAGAACCUAAUAAUUAUGCACGACAUGCAGUGUAUGUUGAACUGUUUUAAUCAUUUAUUUAUAUAUGCAAUAUACACGACUGUACAUUAGGAAAUGCACUACUAAACAUGCCUAUGCACACAGUUUUACGUUUUUACUAAAUAUUUUCGUAUUGUUACGUUUCCAGGUACAAAUCAUUAUGUAGGGAUUUCUGUUGUGUUCUUAAAAUUAUUGUCGAGUGCCUGUCGCCGUUUUAUGUGUGAUGUCUGUAAUUGUCAAACGCAUCAUUGUGCAAUAAACAUAUAUCAAACAAA